AACUUACUCGCAAGGUUAACAAAUAUCAAUACACAAAAGGCUUUAAGGUAAAUGCUGUAGCCAUUUAAUUGACAUUUUAAAACCUAUAGUCGUUCUGAAUCAUCAUCGAUGGGAAUUUGUGAGCUAUUCAACACAUUCUUCAGAUCUACAUGCAAAUGUUCAUCAGGCCGUACACUUAACAUAACAACAACCGAAAACUCAACCAAUAUCACGAAAAAUGAUGUUAAAAACACAAUUUCAAAGAAGGACCAUGAAAAUUGGCCUAAAGGCAAAUAUGAUAAAUACGACAGAUAUGAAAACAUCUUGGGCGAUGAUCAUGUUCAAACUCCGAUCGCAAUUGAGUCACGCAUUUCCCAGAAUUUGAAUAAAGUCAAGCCUUUACAAUAUAGUGGACAUUGGGCACAGGAUGGACAAGGCUGGAUUGAAAACGAUGGACACACGGCAAAGGUUACUUUUGAAAAUCGUCGAGUGCAACCGCACUUAACUGGUGGUCUUCUAGACGGUCGCUACAUUUUUGAACAAAUGCAUUUCCACUGGGGUGAAAAUGACAAUUUUGGCGCUGAACAUACCAUCGACGGAAAAUC